AUGCUGCUUGCUACAUCGUCACUUUCUGAGAGCGUCUUGUUCGAAAGUGGCGUGCCUAUCGACAAGAAUAUAGUGUAUCAGAGCCACUACACGAAAGCCAUUCAGGAGACUGCAUCUUCCCCACGGAUUGAGACAGUCUUGCUGGCUUGUCUUCUUUUCUCUUGCUGCGAAUUUAUGCAAGGCUCCAUUGCUGCAGGUUUGCGCCAUAUCUACUCCGGUCUGAACAUCAUCCACGAAUGGUCCAUUUCCAACAAUGAAACCAAAGAAUCCACCUUGAUCAUAGAGACGCUGACUCCGAUAUUUCUUGCUUAUAUCGACAAAGCACCAACCUAUGGUAUUGGUGUCGGCGAUUCGCUCCCUUGCGGUGCGCGAUUUGCAAGCUUGAUGACUCCAAAUGCGGAGCUACCCUUUGUCGGGCGCAUCGACAAAAUUCGCCGUGCACAUUUUGCACUUGAUGGAAUUGGCCACCAUAUUGCCCGCAAGGCCGACUGGCGUCGAGGAGGCCUGGACACGUUUUCCUAUGAAAAAGUGGAACUGCUCCUUGCUGACUGGCAAAUAGAAUUUGACAAUUUUGAAAGCCAGCUCACUGACAUUCGUCGUGAACGAUUAUAUACCUCCAUUCAAUUGCUAAGAAUAGCACAUACCAUGCUUUCUAUGAUGUUACGGGCGUCUGCUGGCUCAGCCGAUGAGAGCAUCUACCAGGACUUUGAGAAACAAUUUGCGUGGAUUGUCGGCCAAUUCGACCAUCUUGCGCUCGCCUGGGCAAAGUACCCUUCACGCAAAUUCAUAUCCGGUCGUGAAGAUAUCGAGUAUCAUUUUGGGUACAUCGCCCCAUUGUUCUUCACGGCCACCAAGUGUCGGAAUGUUCAGAUUCGGACGGCGGCACUGUGGCAUUUAAGACACUUAAAAACGGUCGAGAACAAUUGGACAUCAUGUACCGCAUACGAGAUCGCAAGCAAGAUUGUGGAAAUCGAGGAUAGUCGUAGCAUUUCGAAGCUAAGCAUAUCUCCAAAUUCAGAUUCGUGCGAGACACCACUAUCAUACGAAGAGCAAUUGAUACGGCCAAUCGAGGCAUUGCUUUCGGACAACACCCCAUUACAAGCCACAUUAGUUUACACGUCCUAUCCUUACACCUGUGAUACUCAGUCUUCGGAUGGCCUGCCAGGGCUAGCAUUACGGGAGAAUGUGGACCUCAAACAAUGUCCUGCAGCAUCGACAGUGUACUGGCCUCUCAACAGUGUUUUACGUAUAGGAGGCUAUCAGUCAGGACUUAUCAAGCCUAUUCCAACCAGUUGUACAUGUGGGAGUCUGUCACAAAAAAAUGAACUAUUGUUGCUACGACCGAAGGCUUCGUAA